AUGGCAGAACCGCCUUCCAAAAAAUUUUGUAUUGUGUCAAGGAAAAAGAUAUUAAGAGAAUCUCAAAGAGGAAGAAGGGCCCAAGAAACGUCUGUGGAAUGUCAAAGAAGGAUGGAACAUGACCGAAUUUCGACAAGCAAUUCUAGAGACCAAGAAGUAUCAGAGAAACGUCAAAGAAGAUUGGAAGAGGAUCGUGUCUCAACUAGCAGUGCUAGGGCCCGAGAAACACCUGAGGAACGUCAAAGAAGAUUAGAAGAGGUUCGUGUCUCAAUUAGCAGUGCUAGGGUCCGAGAAACACCAGAGAAACGUCAAAGAAGAUUGGAAGAGGAUCGUGUCUCUACUAGCAGUGCUAGGGCCCGAGAAACACCUGAGGAACGUCAAAGCAGAUUGGAAGAGGAUCGUGUCUCUACUAGCAGUGCUAGGGUCCGAGAAACACCUGAGGAAGAUCAAAGAAGAUUAGAAAAGGUUCGUGUCUCAAUUAGCAGUGCUAGGGUCCGAGAAACACCUGAGAAACGUCAAAGAAGAUUGGAAGAGGAUCGUGUCUCUACUAGCAGUGCUAGGACCCAAGAAACAUAG